AUGAAAUUGUGGGUCGCAGCGACGAGGGACCUCCAGCUCUCGCGAGCUAGGGGCGCCCAGAUCGCCUCGUCCGAGCUUCUUUUUUUUACUAGGGCUCAUAAAUUGCAAUCCUUCGGGUUGGCUGGGACCGCUACAAAAAGAGCUAAACGAGGUUGUAAAGCAACGACGGCAAGCAAUUGGGUGAAAGUCAAACCCCUGCGCGCAAAGAGCGCUGCGCAGAUCAAAACCCGCCGAGCACCUCGGUGA